AUGUCCAUUCGCCUCUCAUCCCAAGGUCCACUGACAUUGCUCAUCCUUCCUCUGCUCACGUCGUGUCUCCACGCCGCCGCUGAGAGGCCUCAAGAACUGUCACGACAACCUUUGUUCAACUUUGACCGCCUGAUAAAUUUUCCUGUACUACCGCAAGUUGCCAUUGGAGGUGGCGAGCCAGCCUAUCCUGUGUUAAAGCAGAACCUCAUCAAACACCUCAUGCGCCACUACCGACGCUAUGAACGUCCCACCGAGGGCACACAUGAACCCACACGAGUACGGGUCUCUAUUAAGAUCCUCGCAAUCACUAGUGUAGAUGUCAUCAACAUGCAGUACACCGCAGACAUGAUGCUGGUUCAAACAUGGAAAGAUCCACGCUUACGGUGGCAAAAUCUGUUGGAGUACCAAGCUAUCUCCGGGGACAUUCUGCUCACGCAUAAACGCAAUGAGAUUUGGUUGCCGGAUCUCUUCUUUCGCAAUGGAAAGGAGGGCUUCCUCUACCGCAUGACUGUACCCAAUCACAUGAUUCGGGUGAGUCCUGACGGAAGUGUUUAUUACAGUCAGAAGAUCACCAUGAAAUUGGCCUGUGAAAUGCAUCUACGCAACUUUCCCAUGGACCAUCAGGACUGCGACAUGGAUAUCGGUAGCUAUGGCUACACAAUUGACCAGUUGAAAUUCAUCUGGGAUGGAGACAACGCACUCAAAUUUGCUGAUGAUAUGCUAAUUUCGGAGUUUAAUACGCCGUCUUCAACCAUUACUGAGGAUUGUACAGAACCCCAAACCACAAGCACAGGAACGUACACCUGCCUACUAGGGCGAUUUCAGCUGAAGCGACAAGUCGGAUCAUACCUAGUUGGAACUUACGUGCCCGCCUUCCUCAUAGUCAUUGUCUCCUGGCUCACCUUUUGGGUGAGCCCCGAGGCAAUUCCGGCUCGAGUCACAUUGGGUCUACUCACCCUCAUAUCUCUUCUCACCAAGAUUGCCAGCUUGAAUAAUACACUUCCAAGGGUGUCUUACAUAAAAGCCAUCGAUAUCUGGUUGAUAGCCUGCCUCAUCUUCGUCAUUUCGGCAAUGCUGGAAUUCACCCUGGCCAGUUACUGGUCCAGAAAGGUUUUCCUGUCCAAGUGGCGCGAUCAGUUGUUGGUUGAUGUGACGGGUAAUGAAGGGUUUGCGUCUCUAGCUCGGUUCUGA